AUGGCGACCGCAGCGUCUAACCACUACAGCCUGCUCACCUCCAGCGCCUCCAUCGUGCACGCCGAGCCGCCUGGCGGCAUGCAGCAGGGCGCAGGGGGCUACCGCGAGGCGCAGAGCCUGGUGCAGGGCGACUACGGCGCGCUGCAGAGCAACGGGCACCCGCUCAGCCACGCUCACCAGUGGAUCACCGCGCUGUCCCACGGCGGCGGCGGCGGGGGCGGCGGCGGCGGUGGAGGAGGCGGGGGAGGCGGCGGGGGAGGCGGCGACGGCUCCCCGUGGUCCACCAGCCCCCUAGGCCAGCCGGACAUCAAGCCCUCGGUGGUGGUACAGCAGGGUGGCCGAGGCGACGAGCUGCACGGGCCAGGAGCGCUGCAGCAGCAGCACCAACAGCAACAGCAGCAGCAGCAGCAGCAACAGCAGCAGCAACAGCAACAGCAGCAGCAGCAACAACAGCGACCGCCACAUCUGGUGCACCACGCUGCCAACCACCAUCCCGGGCCCGGGGCAUGGCGGAGUGCGGCGGCUGCGGCUCACCUCCCUCCCUCCAUGGGAGCUUCCAACGGCGGUUUGCUCUAUUCGCAGCCCAGCUUCACGGUGAACGGCAUGCUGGGCGCAGGAGGGCAGCCGGCUGGGCUGCACCACCACGGCCUGAGGGACGCCCACGAUGAGCCACAUCACGCAGACCACCACCCGCAUCCGCACUCUCACCCGCACCAGCAACCGCCCCCGCCACCUCCCCCACAAGGCCCACCGGGCCACCCAGGCGCGCACCACGACCCGCACUCGGACGAGGACACGCCGACCUCAGACGACCUGGAGCAGUUCGCCAAGCAAUUCAAGCAGAGGCGGAUCAAACUAGGAUUUACUCAAGCAGACGUAGGGCUGGCGCUUGGCACCCUGUACGGCAACGUGUUCUCGCAGACCACCAUCUGCAGGUUUGAGGCCCUGCAGCUGAGCUUCAAGAACAUGUGCAAGCUGAAGCCUUUGUUGAACAAGUGGUUGGAAGAGGCAGACUCAUCCUCGGGCAGCCCCACCAGCAUAGACAAGAUCGCAGCGCAAGGGCGCAAACGGAAAAAGCGGACCUCCAUCGAGGUGAGCGUCAAGGGGGCUCUGGAGAGCCAUUUCCUCAAAUGCCCUAAGCCCUCGGCCCAGGAGAUCACCUCCCUCGCGGACAGCUUACAGCUGGAGAAGGAGGUGGUGAGAGUUUGGUUUUGUAACAGGAGACAGAAAGAGAAAAGGAUGACCCCUCCCGGAGGGACUCUGCCGGGCGCCGAGGAUGUGUAUGGGGGUAGUAGGGACACGCCACCACACCACGGGGUGCAGACGCCCGUCCAGUGA